GAGGUUGACUAGAUGACUCGCAGGGGGAUAGCGGACGGUAACUUCAGCACCCACCCGGGGGAAACAGCGACAAGGCCAUUCAAGGGAAACAACCUUGUGGGCCAAAGUGGCACACUAAUCGUACGGGCUGGAACUAAGGCUGGUUGUCGCCUUUCAAGUUUUAACGGAGUUUUGCAUGUUUUGACAUAUUUUGCCCCGUGAUUGUCAGAAAAGAGGAGGGGAGGGGUGAAAUCUCACAGCCGCCAUCUUUGGAAACUGACUGGGAGGAGUAGAGAACUUCGUUGUCUGGCAGGUUUGUUACUAAGAAAUCGUUAGCAUAUUUUCAGGACCUCGACUGACCUGUUAUUCUCUACACUUGUUUUUUUCCCUCUCGGUUGACAGCACACAACGAGUCGGGCAUCGCACAAUCUGUGGGAGAAAAAUAAUUAGAAAAAGCUAGCAAGCAAACUCCAAUCUGUACUUCAGACUGGAGUCAGUUGGUUACGACCUUUCUGUACCAUAGUCCUUCCUUGCCUUUGGUCCUUUUUCUCCGGUUCUACCUGAACCUGGCCUCUGAUAAGGUGCCCAUGCUCCGGCCCCUCCACUCCAGCAGAUGAGUCGUCGACUGCUCUGGCGUAGACGCAGCUGCGCUCCAACGCCCAGAUAGUCCCCUGGUCCAGCCCUGCCGGGAGACAGCAGACUACAUUACCCAGCAUGCCCUCCUCUGUGCGGGCGGGCAGCCUAAAGGACCCGGAGGUAGCCGAGCUGUUCUUCAAGGAAGACCCAGAGAAACUGUUCUCUGACCUCCGAGAGAUAGGACAUGGCAGCUUCGGAGCAGUCUACUUUGCGCGGGAUGUACGAUCUACAGAGGUGGUGGCCAUCAAGAAGAUGUCUUAUAGUGGGAAGCAGUCCAACGAGAAAUGGCAGGACAUUAUAAAAGAGGUGAAGUUUCUCCAGAGGAUUCAACAUCCCAACAGUAUAGAGUACAAGGGCUGCUACCUACGAGAACACACAGCAUGGUUAGUGAUGGAGUACUGUCUGGGUUCAGCCUCUGAUGUUCUAGAAGUUCAUAAAAAGCCUCUUCAAGAAAUGGAAAUUGCUGCCAUUACCCAUGGUGCUUUGCAGGGUUUGGCCUACCUUCACUCCCACAACAUGAUUCACAGAGACAUCAAAGCAGGUAACAUCCUACUGACGGAGCCAGGGCAGGUCAAGCUUGCUGACUUUGGCUCCGCCUCCAUCGCUUCCCCAGCUAACUCCUUCGUGGGGACGCCAUAUUGGAUGGCCCCAGAGGUGAUCUUGGCCAUGGACGAGGGCCAGUAUGACGGAAAGGUGGACGUCUGGUCCCUUGGGAUCACCUGUGUAGAACUAGCGGAGAGGAAGCCUCCUCUGUUUAAUAUGAAUGCCAUGAGUGCCUUGUACCACAUAGCGCAGAAUGAGAGCCCUACACUGCAGUCCAGAGACUGGACGGAUUACUUUAGAAACUUUGUUGAUUCUUGCCUUCAGAAAAUCCCCCAGGAUAGACCCCACUCUGACGAUCUACUAAACCAUGUGUUUGUCCAGCGGGAGCGUCCAGACUCUGUUCUGAUGGAUCUGAUCCUGAGGACCAAGGAGGCGGUCCGAGAGCUGGACAACCUACAGUACCGUAAGAUGAAGAAGAUCCUGUUCCAGGAAGCUCACAACGGACCACAGGCUGAGACGCAGGACGGAGACGAGGAGGUGGAGCACGGUGCAGGGCGUACAGACACAGUGAACAGUGUGGGCAGUAACCAGUCCAUCCCCAGUAUGUCUAUCAGCUCCCAGAGCAGCUCAGUCAACAGUCUGAACGAAGCAACACAGGACGACCGCAGCGAGCUGGACCUGAUGGAGGGAGACCACACGGUCAUGUCCAACAGCUCUGUUAUACACCUCAAACCGGAGGAAGAGGAGGGUUACCAACAGGACCCAGAGGUGCGGGACCGUCCCGCUGAGCCUCCUGACGCUCCUGCCCAACCCCCAAGGAAACACUACAGAGAACGCAACAGAGAACACUUUGCUACCAUACGGACUGCCUCACUGGUGACUCGUGAGAUGCAGGAGCACGAGCAGGACAGUGAGCUGAGGGAGCAGAUGUCCGGCUAUAAGAGGAUGAGACGGCAGCACCAGAAGCAUCUGAUGGGUCUGGAGAACAAGCUGAAGGCUGAGAUGGAUGAGCAUCGACUCCGGCUGGACAAAGAGCUGGAGAGCCAGAGGAACAGCUUCGCCCAGGAGAUGGAGAAACUGGUCAGGAGACACCAGGCCGCCAUGGAGAAAGAUGCGAAGACAUUUAACAACGAUGAGAAGAAGUUCCAGCAGCACAUUCAGGUCCAGCAGAAGAAAGAACUCAGCAGCUUCCUGGAGUCUCAGAAACGAGAGUACAAACUACGCAAGGAGAGGCUCAAAGAGGAGUUGAGUGAGAACCAGUCUAUCCCUAAGAAGGAGAAACAGGAGUGGCUGUCCAAGCAGAAGGAGAACAUCCAGCACUUCCAGGCUGAGGAGGAAGCCAACCUGCUGAGGAGACAGAGGCAGUACCUGGAGCUGGAGUGUCGACGCUUCAAACGGAGGAUAUUCAUAGCCAGGCACAACGUGGAGCAGGACCUGACACGAGAGGAGUUGAAUAAGCGUCAGAUCCAGAAGGACUUGGAGCAUGCCAUGCUGCUCAGACAUCACGAGUCCAUGCAGGAGCUGGAGUUCAGACAUCUGGGAACCAUCCAGAAGAUGAGGGCGGAGCUUAUCAGGACGCAGCACCAGACCGAACUGACCAAUCAGCUGGAGUACAACAAGAGGCGGGAGAGAGAGCUGAGACGUAAACACGUCAUGGAGGUUCGACAGCAACCCAAGAGUUUAAAGUCCAAAGAGCUGCAGAUUAAGAAGCAGUUCCAGGACACCUGUAAGAUCCAGACCCGUCAGUACAAGGCCCUGAGGAACCACCUGUUGGAGAGCACUCCCAAGGCCGACCACAAGGCCGUGCUAAAGAGACUGAAGGAGGAGCAGACCAGGAAGCUGGCCAUCCUGGCCGAGCAGUACGACCACUCUAACAACCACAUGCUGUCCACACAGGCUCUGCGUUUGGAUGAGGCCCAGGAAGGGGAGUGUCAGGUACUGAGGCAGCAGCUGCAGCAGGAGUUGGAGCUGCUGAACGCCUACCAGAGUAAAAUCAAGAUGCAGACAGACGCCCAGCACGACAGGGAGAGGAAGGACCUGGAGCAGAGAGUGUCGCUCCGCAGGGCUCUGCUGGAACACAAGAUUGAAGAGGAGAUGUUGUCUCUGCAGAACGAGCGUGUGGAGUGUAUCAGGUCUCUGUUGGAGCGCCAGGCCAGAGAGAUGGAGGCUUUCGACUCAGAGUCCAUGAGACUUGGGUUCAGCAACGUGGUCCUGUCCAACCUGCAGGGCUCAGACGCACACGGCAGCCCGGGUGGAUCUGGGGCGUCUCAGCACGGUCACAGCCAUCACCAGGGGGGGUCGAGCUCCCAGCAGCCGUGGGGUCACCCUGUGCUGGCCGGGGGCCCACCUCCCUGGAGCCUGCACCAGCCCUCUGGAGGGGGGAGUCAGAGGGGAAGUGGGGGGGGCGUGGGCGGGGUCAGGAACAGCCCCCAGGUUAUGAGGAGGGCGUCGACGUCGGGAGGUGGGCGGAGCGAACAGGGCAUGAGCAGGAGCGCCAGCAUCACCUCCCAGAUCUCCAACGGAUCACACCUGUCAUACACCUAGAUACACACACACACACACACACACACCUGUCAUACACCUAGAUACACACACACACACACACACACACACCUGUCAUACACCUAGAUACACACACACACACCUAGAUACACACACACACACACACCUAGAUACACACACACACACCUGUCAUACACCUAGAUACACACACACACACACACUGAAGACACACUUGUGAUUUGGGGUGGCAGGGUAGCCUAGUGGUUACAGCGUUGGGCCAGUAACCAAAAGGUUGCUGGAUCGACUCCCCGAGCUGACAAGGUACAAAUCUGUCGUUCUGCCUCUGAACAAGGCAGUUAACCCACUCUUCCCCAGUAGGCCGUCAUUGUAAAUAAGAAUUUGUUCUUAACUGACUUGCCUAGUUAAAUAAAGGAUAAAUAAAUAUUAAAAUGCACCUGACCAAACCAUAAUCACACAGGGAUGCUGGUCUUCCACAAACGUACAAACAUGUGCACACACACACUUACACACACACACAACUUGCGCACGCACACGGCUAGCAUACACAUUGAAAACAGCACCCUAGGUUCGGGGUCAUAGGGGAAACCAGUAUCCCUUCCUCCCCAAUCUGUUUCUCUCUCUCUUCCUCUCGCUCAUCUUCUCUUCAAUACUGAUAGUAUAGACUGACAGGAGACAGUGGAAUACAGUAACCCAGCCAUGUUGGAAUACAGUAACCCAGCCAUGUUAGAAUACAGUAACCCCGCCAUGUUAGAAUACAGUAACCCAGCCAUGUUAGAAUACAGUAACCCCGCCAUGUUAGAAUACAGUAACCCCGCCAUGUUUGAAUACAGUAACCCCGCCAUGUUGGAAUACAGUAACCCAGCCAUGUUAGAAUACAGUAACCCCGCCAUGUUAGAAUACAGUAACCCCGCCAUGUUGGAAUACAGUAACCCCGCCAUGUUAGAAUACAGUAACCCCGCCAUGUUAGAAUACAGUAACCCAGCCAUGUUGGAAUACAGUAACCCCGCCAUGUUGGAAUACAGUAACCCCGCCAUGUUAGAAUACAGUAACCCCGCCAUGUUAGAAUACAGUAACCCCGCCAUGUUGGAAUACAGUAACCCCGCCAUGUUGGAAUACAGUAACCCCGCCAUGUUAGAAUACAGUAACCCAGCCAUGUUAGAAUACAGUAACCCCGCCAUGUUAGAAUACAGUAACCCAGCCAUGUUGGAAUACAGUAACCCAGCCAUGUUAGAAUACAGUAACCCCGCCAUGUUAGAAUACAGUAACCCCGCCAUGUUAGAAUACAGUAACCCCGCCAUGUUAGAAUACAGUAACCCCGCCAUGUUGGAAUACAGUAACCCCGCCAUGUUGGAAUACAGUAACCCCGCCAUGUUAGAAUACAGUAACCCAGCCAUGUUGGAAUACAGUAACCCCGCCAUGUUAGAAUACAGUAACCCAGCCAUGUUGGAAUACAGUAACCCCGCCAUGUUGGAAUACAGUAACCCCGCCAUGUUAGAAUACAGUAACCCAGCCAUGUUGGAAUACAGUAACCCAGCCAUGUUGGAAUACAGUAACCCAGCCAUGUUAUAAUGUAGAUGUGCCAUAGUCUAAUAAUGUGCCAGUCUCCUCAUAGUCUGUUUACCAUAGACCUACACACUCAUAGUCUGUGUUUGCCAUAGACCUACACACUCAUAGUCUGUGUUUGCCAUAGACCUACACACUCGUAGUCUGUGUUUACCACAGACCUACACACUCAUAGUCUGUUUACCACAGACCUACACACUCGUAGUCUGUUUACCACAGACCUACACACUCAUAGUCUGUGUUUACCAUAGACCUACACACUCAUAGUUUGUGUUUGCCAUAGACCUACACACUCGUAGUCUGUGUUUGCCAUAGACCUACACACUCGUAGUCUGUGUUUGCCAUAGACCUACACACUCAUAGUCUGUUUACCACAGACCUACACACUCGUAGUCACUUUAAACAAGCCCGUUUAAAGCAUUUUACCUUUUGCCAAUCCAUUAAUUUAAGAUGGUCUAACACAGUAACACAGGAAGUUGUCAUU